GACCAGGGCGUGUGGCAGCUCCUGCUGGUCACCUUCGUGUCCUAUGCCCUGUUGCCCGUGCGCAGCCUGCUGGCCAUCGGCUUCGGGCUCGUGGUGGCCGCCUCGCACUUGCUGGUCACGGCCACCUUGGUACCCGCCAAGCGCCCGCGUCUCUGGAGGACGCUUGGUGCCAACGCCCUGCUCUUCCUCAGCGUGAACAUGUAUGGGGUGUUUGUGCGCAUCCUGGCUGAGCGCUCCCAGCGGAAAGCCUUCCUGCAAGCCCGGAACUGCAUCGAAGAUCGGCUGAGGCUGGAGGAUGAGAACGAGAAGCAGGAGCGGCUGCUCAUGAGCCUUCUGCCCCGGAAUGUUGCCAUGGAGAUGAAGGAGGACUUCCUGAAGCCCCCCGAGAGGAUUUUCCACAAGAUUUACAUCCAGCGGCAUGACAACGUGAGCAUCCUCUUUGCGGACAUUGUGGGCUUCACGGGCCUGGCGUCGCAGUGCACGGCACAGGAGCUGGUCAAGCUCCUCAACGAGCUGUUCGGCAAGUUUGAUGAACUGGCCACGGAGAAUCACUGUCGCCGCAUCAAGAUCCUAGGGGACUGUUACUACUGUGUGUCCGGCCUCACCCAGCCCAAGACCGACCACGCCCACUGCUGCGUGGAGAUGGGCCUGGACAUGAUCGACACCAUCACGUCUGUGGCCGAGGCCACCGAGGUGGACCUGAACAUGCGCGUGGGGCUGCACACAGGCAGGGUCCUCUGCGGGGUCCUGGGCCUGCGCAAGUGGCAGUAUGAUGUGUGGUCCAACGAUGUGACCCUGGCCAACGUCAUGGAGGCAGCUGGGCUACCUGGGAAGGUCCACAUCACGAAGACGACCCUAGCGUGCCUGAACGGGGACUACGAGGUGGAGCCGGGUCACGGACACGAGAGGAACAGUUUUCUGAAAGCUCACAACAUCGAGACCUUCUUCAUCGUGCCGUCACAUCGGCGGAAGAUAUUUCCAGGGCUGAUCCUCUCUGACAUAAAACCAGCCAAGAGGAUGAAGUUCAAGACCGUGUGCUACCUGCUUGUGCAGCUGAUGCACUGUCGGAAGAUGUUCAAGGCAGAGAUCCCGUUCUCUAACGUCCUGACGUGUGAGGACGACGACAAGCGGAGGGCGCUGAGAACUGCAUCAGAGAAACUGCGAAACCGCUCAUCGUUCUCCGCAAACGCCGUCUACACCACCCCGGGCACGCGCGUCAACAGGUACAUCGGCCGCCUCCUGGAAGCGCGCCAGACGGAGCUGGAGAUGGCGGACCUGGACUUCUUCACCCUCAAGUACAAGCAGGCUGAGCGGGAGCGCAAGUACCACCAGCUCCAGGAUGAGUAUUUUACCAGCGCCGUCGUUCUGGCCCUCGUCCUGGCCGCCUUGUUCGGCCUCGUCUACCUGCUCAUCAUCCCACAGAACCUGGUCCUCCUGCUGCUGCUGGCCUUCUGUAUCUGCUUCCUGGUGGCCUGCGUCCUGUACCUGCACGUCACCCGGGUCCAGUGUUUUCCAGGGUGCCUGACGAUUCAGAUCCGCACCGUCUUGUGUAUCUUCGUCGUGGUCUUAAUCUACUCCGUGGCCCAAGGAUGUGUGGUGGGCUGCCUGCCCUGGUCCUGGAGCUCCACCCCCAACGGGUCCCUGGUGGUCCUGACGCCCAGCGGCCGCAACGCCGUGCUGCCUGCCGCGCCCUGUGAGUCGGCGCCCCACGCCCUGCUCUGCGGCCUUGUGGGUACCCUCCCGCUGGCUGUCUUCCUGCGGGUGUCCUCCCUGCCCAAAAUGAUCCUGCUCUUUGUGCUCACGACGUCCUACAUCCUGGUCCUGGAGCUCAGCGGCUACACCAGGGCCCCCGGGGGCGGCGUGGCGUCGGGGCGCAGUUUCGAGCCGAUCAUGGCCAUCCUGCUGUUUUCCUGCACCCUGGCCCUGCACGCCCGUCAGGUGGACGUCAAGCUGCGGCUGGACUACCUCUGGGCGGCACAGGCAGAGGAGGAGAGAGAUGACAUGGAGAGGGUGAAGUUGGACAACAAGAGGAUUCUCUUCAACCUCCUGCCGGCCCACGUGGCUCAGCACUUCCUCAUGUCCAACCCCCGCAACAUGGACCUGUACUACCAGUCCUACUCACAGGUGGGCGUCAUGUUUGCUUCCAUCCCCAACUUCGACGACUUCUACAUCGAGCUGGACGGCAACAACAUGGGGGUGGAGUGUCUGCGUCUCCUGAACGAGAUCAUCGCAGACUUCGACGAGCUCAUGGACAAAGACUUUUACAAGGACUUGGAGAAGAUCAAGACCAUCGGGAGCACCUACAUGGCCGCUGUGGGGCUGGCGCCCACCACUGGGACCAAGGCCAAGAAGGGCAUCUCCUCCCACCUGAGCACACUGGCCGACUUCGCCAUCGAGAUGUUCGACGUCCUGGAUGAAAUCAACUACCAGUCUUACAACGACUUUGUGCUCCGUGUGGGCAUCAACGUGGGCCCUGUGGUGGCCGGGGUGAUCGGGGCUCGGAGGCCGCAGUACGACAUCUGGGGGAACACAGUCAACGUGGCCAGUCGGAUGGACAGCACCGGCGUCCAGGGCAGAAUCCAGGUGACCGAGGAGGUUCACCGGCUGCUGCGCCGGGGGACCUACCGCUUCGUGUGCCGCGGGAAGGUCAGCGUCAAGGGCAAGGGUGAGAUGCUGACGUACUUCCUGGAAGGCAGGACGGACGGAAACGGCUCCCAAGCCAGGGAGCGGAAAGUGUGUGGCUACGGACAAGCCGGCCUCCAGGGCAGACUGGGCACGGGCCCGCCCCCGGUGUCCUCCAUGGCCGGCCUCCCGGUCAGAGCCGGGAUGGGGGCUCUGCAGGGCUCAGGGCUCCCCCCCUGCCCCCACGGCCAGCACCUGCCCCCCGGAGCAGCUGGGAAGGAGGCUUAGCGGAGCCCACGCUGGCUGCCGGGGGCUCAGGGCACAAAUGUGCGGGGCGUCUGGGCCUCGGGGGCUCCAGCAGGGACCAGCCCGGCCGACAGCCGGGCCGGGCGCCAGCGGCUGGGCUGCAGAAGGGGAGCUGUCCAGGCAUGACCCGAAGCAGCCGGGCAGUGACGGGCCAGGGGCAGCCCUGCCCGCGCGGACUUGAGGCUUUCAUGGGACUGUGCUCGCGCGGUCCUCUCCUCGGUGGCAGAGAAGGAGAAGCUGCCUGGGAGCGGCCGGGUCAGCGUCAGGCUCCGGGCCCUUCAGGACAUCCUGCGGGGCUGCGGGCUUCCAUUCAGCCAGAGCUGCGGAGCUGUGGCCGGAGGGCGUGAGCGCGAGUGUGCCCCUAGGCAGAUGCACCAUGAACCCUGUGUGGUGGGGCCUGCGUGGACGGAAGCCAGGCCUUGCUCGGCAGGGCCGUGAGGGCAAGAACGUGGCCCAGAUGGCUGGGCCCUUGAUGGGCGGUUUUGGGGAGAACAGACAAGCCCCCUGUCUGGCUGCGCAGGCGGUGGGGACACCUCCUUCCAGAACGGUCUUUGCUGAGAGCCAGAGGCGGGUCUUCUGGAACUCACGGGCCCCUGAGUACGUCUCCGCAUCAAGACCAGCGUCCUCCCUGUUCUGCUCUGUGCUGUCCCUUGACCCCUGACGGCACCGGUUCCUACAGACCCCGGCUGUUCUGGUCACCGUGCUGGUCAUCUUGGUCUCCAGUACUUACAACAUGAACCUGCAUGGAUUUUGAAACAAGUGAACCUCACGACCCAGAGAGAGCUUCUAGGGCGGAAGAACCAGCGGCCGGACGGGGAGUCUCGGAGUGAGUUUCGGGCUGCACGUGAGGGUGUCCGGCCCCCUGCAGGGAACUGUGCGGAGGUCUGGGAGUCACCUAUGUGCGCAGGGGCAGACUGAGGACGCCGGGAUGUGCUGCUGGGGGCACAGGGCAGCAGCCGGGGGAAAGGACGGACCAGAAAUACCCGGACGAGACCAGAAAUACCCGGAGGAAGGCCGUUUUGGCACCGGAGGGGGGUCUGGGCAGACAAGUCCAUCUGGGGACCAGUCCUGACCUGCAGCUCCAGCAUGCAGUGCGGGGGGCUCUGGGGGACUGAAGCCAGUGAAGGGGCCUGGACGCUCCUGGGGAUGUCCCCAGGCUGCUCCCGCUGGAGGCCUGCGAGGCGUGGCAUGCUCCGUGGGGGGCGACCCUGCCCAGCCGUGUUGCCGGGCGGGGGCUCUGCGGGGCAGUCCACGCAGGUUCAGGACAGAAGUGGGUGGGUGGACAGCCUCCCUCCUGAGAACAAGCUGUUUGCUGGCCAGCAACAGCCAUCGCUACAUUGACAAGGUCUCAGUGGCCCAGCCUGCGCACCCCCCCCCCACCCCACUGCCCACAUUUAGAGACAUGGCAUGAUUCCUUUAGGGGAACCUGAGUCACCUCAAGAGUCCUGUGAGCAUGUGGCCUGUGUGCCUGUCUGCACCCAGCUGCAGGGCUGGGGACCUGGCCCGUCUUCCACCCAGGGCAGGUUGGGGGCCGGGGAACGGUGGAUGGCACUGUGGCCUGACCUCGUGAACGUGCUCUGUCACAAGACAGAGGGGACUUUACAGGAAUUGAGGGUACGGGCCUUCAGCUGAGGCAGGGUCCUGAGUUCCCUGGGUGGCCCCGGUGGGACCGCGUGUCCCCUCGAAGUGGACGUGGAGGCCGGGCGGUCAGGACGGCCCAAGCAUGAAGUUGUUGUUAAAGAUUCGGGGCCCCGGCCCUCAGCUGGCGGAGAUGGGUUGGUGGCUCCCCAGACACGCACGGCAGAUUCCAGAGGCGGGUGGACGCCCAUGGGACUCUCAGUGGCCCUCUGGCCUUGCUGGGCCCAACCCGGGGUCCACGGAACCAGGAGCAGCCGACCUCUGUGACCAACUCCGGCAGCGAGGCUCCCGCUUCCACGAGCGAGCGACCGUCGGUCACCAGCGGCUCAGCCCCGUGGCUCCCUGGGGUGCAGGAUCCGUGUGCCGCCUCGGCGGUCGCUGCGUGCCAUCUUCCUCCGUACUUGGGAUGGGACUGUAGGAUAUUGCCUUACUUGUUUUUACUCUUGUACAGCGUUCACGGACAAACAGCCUUUCGCGUGGGGUCCUCUCUGAAUUAUUUGAGAUGCUCUGUAAACAGCACAGUGUUUCACACGACACCCCUUCGCUCCCACCAAAAAUGAGAACAGCCCAUCACCAUGCGAAUGACACCCUUUACCCAGACGUGCGAUGUUCCCAAGGCCCCGCGUUUCUGCUUGGGGAAGCCACGCCCUGCUUGGGGGGCACUUUGGGGUGUCCCUUGGCGCCCCCUCUGUGUGCUGCUUACGCCCAACCUCAGUAGACUAGAGAGCAACCCCAAACUUCCAGAUGCUUCCAUGGACCAUGGGGCCGGGUGGUCCACUCCACAGGGUCUGUGUCCUGCAGGGCGGCACCCCCCACAGACCAGGUCCCCCGAGCCUGCACUUUUAUCAGACUCCAAAGCCACCAGAGCUUCCAGACACCUUCUGUCACUAGAAGCAAUAACAACUUUAACAUGUGGAACCAAGCCUGGUGCAGAGCAGACCGGUAACUCAGACACAAGCCAUGUGCACACGUGUGCCCAAGUCGAGCCAUGCUAUGGGGGGCCGACACCUCCAGGGCCCCCCCCCAGCUCCUCCUCCAGACCCAGCUCAGGCUCCUCCAUGGGCUUUGCUGUCGGUGCCCCGGGCACAGGGAGCAGAGGGACACAGGGAGGGCAGGCUGGGGUCUGUGCACAUCAGUGACUCCCCUUACGCUGUCUCCGCGUGUUUCAGAGCCGGGACGCCCAUCCUCCCCACUCAGCCUGGUCGACACUAGGGCUUCGCGCUCAGACAGGACCCGGCCAGCCUUCAGAGGCACACACCCCGGGUCCCCCGUAGCUCCAUGCUGGGCCCCAUCAGCAGCCUAGACGUACCAAACCCCUGCUUUGUCCCACUCAAGAAGGAAGGGUCCGGUUGGCCUUGCCCUUCUCUGUCUCGGUCUGGUGGACCCGUCUCUAUCCCAGCAUGUGUGUGCACAUGCCCUUGUGCGCUGUGUACCUGUGACUCCCUGAGUUGGGUCCUUUUGGUCCCUCCCUGGGAGGCAGGCCCCGCCCACCGCACCCAUGCACGGCUUACCUGGCAGGUGCUCACCCCCUGCUGGGCACUGAGCGGCCCCCUGACCAGGUGGGUCACAGCUGACACAUGGAAUUCUGAAGUGUGCAGGCCUGUCGGCUGUAUGGAAAGUCACCCCCGGAAACUGACUUGACCCCGAUUUUGUAGUGGCUUCGAUUAAAAAAACAAAACAAAACAAAACAAAAACAAAAAGUCCACCUUCUUAGAAGCUGUUGAUUUUAAAAUGUUUGGUUUGGUGAAAUUAAGGGGCAGUUGUGGCCGGCUGGAAGCAGAGGGCAUGGCCCCGUCCUGGCGCCUGGACCUCCUGUCUGCCUGGCUGCGUUUGCUUUGAAAGUUCACAUGGGACGAUUGAGCCCCAACACCCUCUGACGGGACAUGGGAAACGUGGGGUGUGGCCUGUCUUCUUGUGGCAUCUGGCGGUAGUGUUUGUCUUCACAAGUCAUAGGCUGGAGUGGGUUGAAAUCAGGUCCCAGGUCAGCUGGGGGUGGCCUGAGGACCCCCGUCCUGGAGGGCGGGGUGGGGAUGGGGUCAAGGGGCAGACAUUCAGGAAGGCUCCGUUUGGCUCAGCCUAAGGAAUAUACUCCCACCUGUGCGUUUGGCCAGGCUGGACUCCGGAGGUGUGGGGUCGGCACUGGCAGCUGGUCCCGGGAGUGCGGGCCCCUGGGGAGUGGGGCCGGGUCCCCGAUACUGUGGCAGGUGGCAAGCAGCCAGAGGCAGGCCCUGUGCCCAGAGACCGUGGGGGCCCCGCAGCAGCAGAUGUAGCAAUGCAGAGUGCCCGUGGUGGGAGGGACAGCCUGGUGUGGCCAGCAGCACGAGGCAGGGUGCCAGCCCCAGACCCCGUGCCCUCGGGGCGCUCCCAGGGACGCCCAGCUCCAGAAGCCGGGUGCUGUCUGUGCGCACCUGCAGGCCGGUCCUGUAGUGCCGGGGACACAUGUCACCUGCUUGUCCCCCUCGUGGGAGUAAACGUGAUUGCAGGGGCCACGUCUGGGGACCACAGCUCCCUAAAGGGCUUUGUGGUAACGACUCCUACAUUCGAAUUUCUUAAUUUCCCUGCAGAUGUAAUCCGUCUGUUUCCCGUCAGAUCUGUUCACACAGAUAAACCGUAACUGCUGUGCUGGAGCCAUGAUUUGCUCACAUCAGUGCGUAUGUGCGUGUGUGCGCGUGCGCAUGUGUGCAUGUAUAUGGGUGAGUG